UUGUUUCCGUAGGUGGAUUUUUGACACGGGUCUUGCCCGUGUUGAGAUUGCGCUGGAACCCCCAUUCCCUAUACUACUUGGGUAAAUUGGACAUGCCGGAGUACGCUUAGUACAAUAUUGUUGCUUGGGCAGUGUCAAAAAUCCAUUUUGUAAUCCUUAUCAUGUGAUAAAGAACGAUAAAUGGUACACACUUCUCUUUAUAGAAUCAAGAGAAAAAAUCACCAAGAUACGUUCAUCAAAUCAAGAACCCGCAUUAACGAUGGAUUAUGGCACAAAGUUUUGAUUCGAAGGACUUUGUCAACAUUAUUUGUCCAAAUCGAUAGUGGUACUCCAAGAAAGAAGUUAGUUGAUAGAUUUUUCUUACGAUUCCACCCAGGGGAAAUGCUUCUCGGUGGAUUCCCAUCCCAGGCUGCACUGAUAAAAGGAAGUAAUUGGCCAACUUUUCAAGGCAGUAUCAGAGAACUCAUGAUUGGUGGAAAGAGGGUUGACAUCAAGAAUGAAGUCUCGAGUCAAAUAAAAGCACGGCUAUAUCGUACUUCCAGCAUUCAUUAAUGUUUAACAUAAAUGCUUUAACAAAAUUAACUAAUGUCAAAUAUAAGAAUAACAAUAUAUUACAUUUAAAAUAGUAUAUCAUUCAAGCAUUUAUUUAUAUUGCUUGACAAAAAUUAGAAAAUAUUAUUGAUUAUUAAAUUUUCUGAAUAUCAAUUUUUUUUAUUUUUGAUCAUCCAUGAUUUGUCGAUAUUCAUCUUGAUUCUUCAACAUUUGAUGGUAGACUUUAUACUUCUUGUCAUGAAAGCUAGAGGAGAAAGAGAACAACUACAAGUAUAUGUGUUGAUAUAGAUUUGUGCUUUGGGACACAUGGAUGCUGCAUCAUUUCUUACAACUAUAAGUGUAAACUAGGGAUGUGGGUCAGGGAUCAGGGGGCAACCAAAUACAAAACACCAGCCAAACCCUUAUGCUAAGGUGAAAUACACAAAGAUAAUUUAUAGAUGUUAAUAGAUCCAAAAGGCAGGUAAGUGAUAGAACAAAGACUCACCUUUUAAAUCUGUCAUCAGGGAGAUAUAUAUCACCUAUGGCAGUCAUUUUCUUCAUAGCCUCCUAUAAUAGAAAAAUAGAAAGAAAUCAGUAACUGUUGAUUUUUUGUUUGUUAUUGUUAAAAAGAGCACACCGCAUACAGACCUGGAUAGUUCCAUAAUGACCAGAUGCACAUGCACCAAGAAUUGCUGCUCCCAAAAGAAUGGACUCACUUUCUCGUGGUAGAACACAUGGCAUUCCUUUACGUGUUGAAUGAUAAAGAUUUGAAUCAGUUGGUUAAAGAAGAUACUCUCAUAAACACUCCUGCUGAUCAACAAUAAUAUUACCUGUUAUAUCUGCAUGUGUUUGUACAAAGAGUGAGUUUUUACUCAGUCCACCACAAAGGAAUAGUGUGUUAAUGUCAUGACCAGAUGCAUUCAUACUUUGAACAAUAUGACGUGUUCCAUGCUAAAUGAAAUAGAAUCAUACCUUAAUCAAGCAAGCAUCACUAUUUUACCUUCUACCUCAUUUAUAUUACAAAGACAAUUAUGGACAAUCGUGGAUUUACUCACAGCAAGAGCCUGCAUUGUUGCAACAUACAAGACAGCUAAGUUUUCAAUGUCACAAGUCAAUGAUAGCCCACAAAUCUGUUCAAAAGUAAUAUUAUGAGGAAAGAGGAAUGCAAAGUAACAGAAAGACAUGAUGUUUUAAACCUUUCCUCACCAUUCCCUUUAAGUUAGGAUCAGCAAUAGGCGACCUGUUGCCAUGGAAAUCAGGAAAAACAUGGAAGUGUUGUGCAAGAAAGGCAGGAUUCAUCAGCCCCUUCUGAUUACUAAGAUGGAUGACCACCCUAUUAAGCUCUUCAUAUGUUGAUGUACCCCUACAACAUAACACAUAGCUAGAAUCAACAUGGCUCCUUACAUGGAACUGCUCUUCAAUAUUUUAAUUAUUUUUAUUAUUAUUAUUAUCGUUAUUAUUAUGAUGAUAAAAUAAUUGACAUUUAUUCUUAUUAUUAGCUUUCCUUUCUUCAUUUCUUCAUGUUGGGAGUCUGACAUAAUUUUUGCUCAUUCCGUUGCUUGUAGACUUGCCAGUUGGGGUGAUGUCAGGCUCUCAGCAUGUGAUAAUUCUAUAUUUUACACAUAAACUGUAAGAGCAUUGAGAUGUCAAGUAAUGCUCGUUUGAGAAUAAAAUUUUUAUUAUUAUCUUUAUUUA